AAAAAAACCUACAGAACAUUUAUUCAUUAAUUACAAACGUCAUUCCUUGUGACUUCCUCUCUAAAAUCACUUAAUUAUUAAAUAUUUAACAAAUUUACAAUAGUGUUUUACUCAUUGCGGAAUAAAUCUAUUUUAUUUAAAUAGUUCCGAAGAGAUUUUGUCGGUAGCCUUUUUCCCGAAAUAUCUAAACAGAAUGUCUAAAUAUGUUUUGAUGACAUAUUUUAAAGUGGUAUUUAUGAUUAGUGUCAUGAUCAAUAGAUUCCGACCGAAAAAUGGAUUUUUCGGAUGAGGGCUCCAUAAUGAAUUUAAAUACAUAUAGAUAAUAGUUUUAGGACAUCGACUUUCUUGAGAUCCUAUAAUAUACGUUUUAAUUAUUAUUUUUGUAUGUUUUAAGCAUGAUAAAUUAUGAAAUUUUAUAUAAUCAAUCAUAUUAAAUCGAUAUCAUAGUCAAUAAAUAAUGUACAACCCAAAACAGACAGCCGAACUGAUGUGACAAUGACAUUUGGUUUUAAACAUGGCGGAUUUUCGGCCUCAUUAGACAGAGACGGAGACAUUUACGUAUAUUCAAGUUUCAUUUUAUGUACGCACUGAAAUACUGUUAUAUUGUUUUCCUGCGAGUUAAAGUGCUGAGUAAGAACGAGAUAGAUAUAUGUUUAUGUAUGUGCCUUCAAAAUGGGUGCUAUUUAUAUAAGCAAUUGUACGUAUAGAACAAUAUGUCGUGUCCCUACUAUAAAGGUCUAUGGGUUUUGGCCAUAGAUUGCUUUAUGUUGUCAACAAUGUCAAGUGUCAGAAAUAAUAAUUGCUGUAAGUGUCAGGCAAAUGGUCAAAUCAAAAUAAUAGUAACCUAAAAAAAUUGCCCAAACUUUUCUUAAACAUCAAACCAACCUAACAAUGAAGAAAAAACCUGUGCCUCGUUUAAAGUUUGAAAAUAGUCGUAAGACUAUACGCAAACAGAAAAGGCAGCAAAAAAAAAUUCAUCGCCAAGAACAUUAUUUGAAGAAAAAAACCCCACAACCGUCUAUAAUUCAUCCCCAGCAUACUCCGGGAAGGUUCGUAAAGAGACCAGCAGAUGGACAAGAUACUACAGAAAUGAAGAAAAAACGAAAGAAACCCAAUGCGCCAAGCUAUGACAUCCUUAACAAAGAGAGACAAAAGGAAAUCAACGAAGCAGACCAAUUAAAGUCAGAGAUGGAAGAACAGCGACGGAAGAUACUCCUCAAAGCCAAUGAGGAAGAAGAUCUCCUGAUAAAAAAGCUUGAGAAACAAAUGGGCCUAAAUAAAUCUAAAAACAAGAACAAUUACUUUUCUGAAGAUGGUUUGGACUACCUUUUAGAAAUAUGUGACAGAUCAACAACAGAACAGAUAGUGGCUGCAGAAAAACAUUUAGCUGAAGUUGAUGGUGAUUCAGACUUUGAAGAAGACAUAGCAAUUGUUACAGGAAAAGACAAACACCAAAAUAAAUCUCAGGAAGUAGAUCUGCACAAUAGUGAUGAUCAAUUUGACAAUAGUGAAGAGAGUUGUGCUGAAGAGGCAGAAGAUGGUUUAAGUGAUGAAUAUGAUGAUUUGGAUGAUGAUUAUGAUGGAACAGAUAGUGAGCUCGAAGAAAAACCGAAAAUCUCUAGCAAGAACAAAACAGACAAAAAGAAAAUUAAAGAAAGAACAGUAAAAGAAGAAUCAAGCAAUGCUAGUAGUGAAGAUGAAAAAGCACACCUGUCCAGUGAUAAUGAUGAAAGUGAUUUAAAUGAUGAACCAGAAGGAAAACAGAUUAAGAAGACAAAAGAAGAGAAAAAAGAAAGAAUAAUUAAAGCGGAUGACAUAUCUAAAGUGUUCAGUGAUGAUGAGAUCUCUCAUUUGUCUAGCGAUGAUAUAGAUGAUGAAAACGUUGAACCUAAUGAGAAACCUGACAUUUGGGAGGAUAUAUAUGGACGUAAGAGAGAUAAAGACGGAAAUGUCAUAAAGGAACAAAAAGGUACAUACAUACCGCCCCAUCUACGUAAACAAGACGUUGCACUCGAAAAAGAUUUGACACAACUCAAGAGGCAAAUAAAAAGUGUGCUGAACAAGCUGGCGGGCACGAACCUGCACUGGGCUUGCACGUCCAUAGAGAACCUGUACGCCAACAACAGCAGGCACGCAGUCAACACCAGCCUCAGCGACCUGUGGCUGCACGCGACCGUGGCGCCCCCCGCCCCCAACCCCGCACUCCCCGCCCCCGCCCCCGCCGCGCCCGCCCGCCUCGUGGCCGAGCACGCCGCGCUGGUCGCCGUGCUGCACGCCAAUGUUGGAUCCGAAAUAGGGGCGCAUUUCCUCCAAGUGCUGUGUAAAGAGUUCGACAAGGCGAUGCAGAUCCCGCAGCCGGUUGAGGAUAAGCGCCUGGACAACCUCGUCUCCUGUCUCUCGUAUCUCUACACCUUCAAGGUGUACCACGCGGCCCUUUUGUACGACGUGCUAGCGCGUCUGCUCGCCGACGUCACCGAGAAGGGCAUAGAGUGCGUGCUGGUGGCCCUGAGGGCGGUCGGCGGAGUGCUGCGGAAGGAGGAACCUCUGGCCCUCAAGAACUUCAUACACGAGACGCAGGAGAGAGUGACGCGGCUCAGCGAGGACGCCGCCAGAGGGUCUCGCAUAAAGUUCCUGCUCGAAGUUCUAAUGGCGGUGAAGAACAACAACCUCACCAAGAUCCCGCAGUACGACCCCGCGUACGCGGAACACUUGAGGAAGUCCAUCAAGGGGAUCAUCAGGAAGGGGAACUACGUCACGACACUCAACAUACGACUAGAAGACUUGUUGAAAGCCGAUGAGAGAGGUAAGUGGUGGGUGGUGGGGUCGGCGUGGGAGGGCGGGGCGCGGCAGGGGGAGGCGCGGCGGGAGGACGCGCGGCCGCCGCCCUCCGUCGACCAGAAGCUGCUGGAGCUCGCGCGGAAACAGAGGAUGAACACGGACGUCAGGAGGAGCAUCUUCUGCGUCAUCAUGUCUGCAGAGGACUACAUGGAUGCGUUCGAGAAGCUCCAGCACCUGGGCCUGCGGGGGCAGCAGGAGCGGGAGGUGGCGCACGUGCUGCUGGCCUGCUGCCUCCAGGAGACCACGUACAACCCGUACUACGGCGUCCUGGGACGGAAGCUGUGCGAGUUUGACAGGAAAUAUCAGCUAUCCAUACAGUUCACGGUGUGGGACAAAAUAAAGGACAUAGAGAACCAGUCGAAACAGGCGCUAACGAAUUUAGCGCAGUUCCUCGUUCAUUUAAUUAUGGAGAAGGGCCUGGCGCUCUCGGUGCUCAAGAUCAUCCAGUUCUCGGAGCUGAGCAAGCGGUCGGUUCGCUUCAUGCGGCAAGUUCUGCUGUCGAUCAUAAUGAACGAAGACGUGGCCUCGUCGCUCGAGGUGUUCCAGCGGGUGGCCCGGCCGCCCAAGCUGCACGUGUUCAGGGAGAGCCUGCGGCUGUUCAUCCAGCACUUCCUGGUGAAGACCGCGGGCCGCAGCGGCGCCCUGGGGCCGCACGACGCCGCCGCGCUCGCCCUGCGCGCCGCCGACGUCGACGCGAUACUCACCCGGCACGAAUCUAAGCUUAAGCUGUGAAUAAACUUAAUGCUCUUUA